AGGAAAACGGUAAAUAGUGAGUAGUAUGUGGAAUAGAUAUGUCGUGGAAAUAUCUUAGUUUAAACGAUAAUGAAUUAUUCAUACAGUUGGGAAUAUUUUUACUACUUGGGGUGCUUCAAGGAAUAACAUGUCGUAAAGUUACCAUAGUGCCUGUACGAGAAGAUAUCUCCGCACCAUUACUAACAUGUUGGACAUGCAGUCAUAGCAAGACUUCGCCAAAUAAGGAAUGUAUUACAUUAACAGAUAAACGAAAUAUGACGAAAACUGAAUGUAAAUUAUAUGAGCCAUUUUGCAGGAUUCAACGAUUGGAAGCGGAUGGUAAAGUCGAGAAAAUUGAAAGGUCAUGCUCGAGGGACUGCGACCCAGGUUGCCAUCGAUAUCAAACUGCCAAACGCUGUGAUUCUUGUUGCACACAACCUCUUUGUAACGAUGGAAACGAUGCUGAUACUGUUCAAACUUCGAGGAUUAUAACAAUUCUUGGAACUCUUUUUGCUCUCGCUGUAUACGUAACUCGAGAAUAAAAAUGAACUUCUGAUCGUGUGGAGUCGUAUAUAUAUAUAUAUGUAUAUGGGACAGAUUAAUUUGCGUAUUGCAUUGUAUUGUUUACUUGUAUAUCUGUACUUCUGUAAAUAACCCCAUAUUAUUUUUGUUAUUGUCUCAUAUACUACACAUAUAUGUUCACCUCUUUUCAUAAAACACUUGUUAUGUAAGAAUUUGAUAAUGAGCAUAAAAAAUGUCAAAGACGCAAGUUUCCGCAAAUGAUACAUAGAAAUUUGGAAUUGUUUUAGAUGUACAAUGAUUGAUUAAUAUGUUGAUGGCAUAAGACAUUCGGAAAUGAUCGAGACAUGCUCUGAAAAUAUGGUAGACCAAUCAACGUUUAAACAAUUGUUUUUACAACUUUCUAUGGCAAAGUUGAAUAUUUAGUCAGAGUAAUGAUUAUCAUUUUCUAUAAAUUAUGUAUAUAUGUCAUUUAUGUAUGUUUUCCUUUCUCUUUCAUUACAGACAUGUUUUCUUUCUAAAAUAGGCAGAAGAGCAAAUUGUCACAAUUUAAGAAGCGUGAAAUCUAAAAGCAUAUGCCCAAUGAUAUAAAAAUGAAAUAGAAAUA